CUUGCUCCAGUCGGGCUGAUUGCUUUAGCCACACAGACUAUCAAGGACAAGAUAGAUGAGUUGAAGGAGUCAGAUGCUUCCAUUAAUGUUAGCUCCGCUCCCACAAAAACAAAUGAAUAUCCUGCAUUUGACAUAUCUGACUUCUCGGUGAAUGAUCAAUACAGGCCGACUGGCCAGCUCAGUUGCACGGAGGAAUUGUCCAAGUCGAUGCAAUUACUAUCCGCCAGAACAUCUGUCACAGGACGUCUCCGAGAAGAAGACUUACAUAUUGAUGAGUCUGUUAGACAGGAGACUAGUGAAAGAGAUGAUGUAGAUAAGCCGCUGCUCUGUGACCGCUUGCCCACGACUGAUUAUGCUGAGAACAAAAUCAAUGAUGGUGAUAAAAUGGAGUGCCUCACUUCGACGUUGUCCAUGGCUGCUCUUGCUCCAACCGGGCUGACUGCUUUAGCUACACAGACUAUCAAGGACAAGAUUGAUGAGUUGAAGGAGUCAGAUGCGUCGAUUAAUGUUAGCUCUGCUCCCACAAAAGUAUUUGAUAUUGAGUCUCUUGUACCAGUGAGAUAG